AGAAUGUAGUGAGGUAGUAUUGAGGAGUAUGGUCAAUCUCACCUCCCUCAAAACAUUGAGUAUAAAAAAAAUUUAUAAACUGAAUUGCCUACCAAAGAGUUUUGUUGAGUCCAUGAUAGCUCUCAAGGAUAUAGAGAUUGUGUCUUGCACUGAACUUACUUGUUUGUGGGAAGAGGGAGUCAAUAUCCUAAACCUUGCAUGUGUUGAGAAGAUAAAAGUCAAGGAGUGUGAAGCGUUGGAUUCCUUGCCUGGUGAGAUAAUGAUGUUGCUGCGACUUGAAGAAUUAUCUAUUGCUCAAUGUCCUGCUUUCCGAAUGUUUCCAAGAGGCAAGUUACCCACCACGCUUAAAGUUCUGCAAAUUUGGGGAUGUGAAAAGCUAGAGUCUCUACCAGAAGGAAUAUUGAUGAAUAAUGGUAAUGCAUAUGAAGUGUCGCAACUUGAAGCAUUAAAUAUUGUCAGUUGUCCUUGUCUGAAAUCUUUUCCAAGUGGUCAGUUAUCCAAUUCUUUUAAACGGCUUUAUAUCGAAAAUUGCAAGCAAUUGGAGUCUCCGCCUCAAAGGAUGCUGCAGUAUUGUACAGAACUUAAAGGGAUAAGUAUUGAUGGAGGUGAUAUGAAAAGUUUAUGUUUGGAGGACAUGCGUGGGCCCACUUUUUUAUCGAUAGACACUUGUGAUGGUUUGGAGUCGUUUUCCCUGUCCAUCUCCAAUCUUAAAGAUUUAUUCAUAUCAGAUUGCAGGAAUCUCAAGUCUUUGCCUAGCAAGAUGCACGACCUCACAUCACUCAAUGGAUUAUAUAUAAGCAAUUGUCCAAGGAUCAAGUGCAUUUCAGACAGUGGUUUGCCUCCAAACUUAACAUGGCUUCACAUUUAUGAGUGUAUAGGGAUCGAGUCCAUUCCAGGUGGUGGUUUGUUUCCAAACCUAAUAGAUCUUCAAAUUUUCGACUGUCAAGGGAUUGAGUCCAUUCCAGACCAUGGUUUUCCUCCAAACCUUAGAAGUCUUACAAUUGAUUGCAAGAAUCUGAAGAAGCCGAUGCAGGAAUGGGGCCUUAGCAGAAUCACCUCUCUUUUAUCCUUGGAGAUUUAUUGGAUAUGUCCUGAUCUUGAUGUGCUUCCCACUUCUCUAACCAGACUUGUGGUAGGUAAGGUUGAAAAUAUGAAAUCCAUAGCUAGAGGGCUCCUUCAAAACCUCAACUCUCUUCAAGAUUUAACAAUCAAGGAUUGCCCAAAGCUACAGUCGUUGCCAAAGGAAGGCCUGCCUCCCUCGCUUCAAAAAUUAUGCAUUAUGAAUUGCCCGAACUUGCAAUCCUUGCCAAAGGAAGGCCUGCCUUCCUUGCUUGAAAAACUCAAGAUUAAAGACUGCCCGUUGCUAAAACGAAGAUGCUUGGAGAAGAAAGGAGACUAUUGGCCCCUCAUAGCCCACAUCCCCUGCAUUGAAGUUCAGGAUUUCUUUUUAGGAUUGUGAAAGCCACACAAGUUUAGAGACAAAACAAAAGCUUUGUUUAUGUUUCAAAACAGGAUGACAAUCAAAUGAAUUCAAAACUAAAUAAAAGCCCAAAGCACUAGACGGAGGAGAUCUCAGUAUUUCUGAAGCUUAACAUUUAUGUCAGCUGAAAAAAUGUUGGUUUUCUGGAGAUUGGAAAGUUGCAAUCCUUGUAUUCUAUGAAGACUUGUUGACUACUCAAUAUAUAAAUAGCUGCUUAGUAUAAGAGUCAACAACAUGUCAACCCUUUCAGUUCAUCUUUUGCAAUCACCAUUUCAAGAAAGGCUUCAUAAAAGAAGGGCCGUGGAGAAGCCUAAGUGGAUUCAAUCAUAAAUAGGUUGGUGCUUGAGAAAGAAGGUAUGUUGGGAGAUAGGCUUACUUUCUCAAAGUUGCAAAUUUUUUUGUUUUUCCAAUUUUGUUCAGUUUUAUUUUCUCCCAUGCUUUGAAUUAUGCUUAGUUGUGGUGAAUUCAUGCAAAAUCUUGUAUAUACAUUUGGUUUUUGUGUUUCGAUGUGAAUAAAAGGCAUUCAUUUUAUAAUACAUUGUAAUUGAAGUGAUAAAGCAUUCCAUGUCAUACUUGUAGGUUCAUUUGCUGGAAGAAGAUUAACAGGAGGGGUUCCUGAAUAUAAAUGUUAGAAUCUUUUAUGGACAUUGUAUGGUUUGAGUAACAGGAUUUUGUCCAAUCUGAUAUAUUUGAAGUGGCUCUUGACAUGAGAAAGCAGUUUGAUGCAGUGUCUUUUAGACUUUAUCACAUUAACACAUUCCAACCAUGCCUUGUGAAGAUAAGGGAUGGUUAUUGAAAGAGAAAUCCAUGCAAAUUCUAAUGCUCCAAUCCGGAUUUCAAGAAGAGGCAUCAUAGAAGAAGGGUUAUGCUGAAGCCUUUAGUAGAUUUGAUUAUGAAAAGGUUGGUGCCUACAUGAAAGGAGGCAACAUAGUACGACAUUCUAAGGGGAUCUUUCUACAAUCUGGAAGAGGAAAAAGUUAUAAUCUGUGAAGAUAUUGCCAAGCUUGCAGCAGAGUUGUGCUUGAAAUGCAAAUAAAAAAAUCAAUACAAAUCAGUCUUGUAGACAUGUUAGCAUGCUCUUCUGCAAAAGUUUCUUCUUGCUGGAAGGAAGACUUAUUGUGCAUUUCAAAUUUGCAAGUUUCUUUCUACAAGGCUGAGUUAGUUAAAAAAAGAAAUUGGAAGGGCAUAUAGAACAGCACAUUCGAAUGGGAUUUUUCUUGAAACUGGAAGUGGGAAGGUUAUAAUCUGCUGUGAUAUUAUCAAGCUUGUAACUAGAUUGUGCUUCAAAUGCAAAUAACAAAAGUAAUACAGUUUAGUCCUCUAGAUACCUUGUAAGUUUUCUCUCUUUGCAUUUUUUUAAGAAACUGUUUUUCCUUUGUAAAGCUAUUAUUGAGAUAAAGACAAUAACAACUGACAAGCUUGUGACCUGAUUUUGGCAAGCUCAACCAUUCCCUUCUGCAAGAGUUUCUAAUUUGAAUUGCAAGUUUUUAUCAACUUAGCUGAUUCAAGCAAACGAGUAUCAGAGGGGUACCUUUUGUUAAGAAGCUUGAGCUUCCUUAAAAUGAAAAAAGUUUGAUUGCUGCAGAGUAGAAAGUUGCUAUCCCUGGCUCCCAACAUUUGGUGAUUUGACCAGCGCGUCCUCUGUACUAAUUUUCCUCUUGGAGAGAGUAACUUAAUUUUCUCCUACAUUCGCUUGUGACCUUGUGACCUCUGCUUUUUUGCUUUGGGAGAGACAAAGAUUAGUUGAUCUGUCAUUUCAUUUUUGUAUUCUGAGUUUGGCAAUUGCACAUAUUCACAAGUUUCUACUUUGUUGAUCGAUGUUAAAGCAGUAUUUAAUUGGAAUUUCACGCUUGAUGGUAACUUUUUUUGUUCUGGUUUAAAUUUUCUGUAAAUGUAAGUUUACUCAUUUCA